AUGCCUGCCCUCGAGUUGAUCGAUCACUCACCCCGCCAUCCAAACCCCUCCCCGCCGAUACCGACCGCCUCCAAUGUCAUUUUGAUUGACAACUACGACUCGUUCACCUGGAACGUGUACCAAUACCUCGUCUUCGAAGGCGCCACAGUCACCGUGUACCGCAACGACGAAAUCACCCUUGAUGACCUGAUCGCGAAGAAGCCCACUCAAUUGGUGGUCAGCCCUGGGCCAGGGCACCCUUCCAAGGAUGCCGGCAUAAGCAACGCCGCGGUUCAGCACUUCGGCGGAAAGAUUCCCAUCUUUGGCGUGUGCAUGGGCGAACAAUGCAUCUACUACUCCUACGGCGGUACAGUGGAUGUGACUGGUCAGGUCUUGCACGGGAAGACCUCACCUCUUACUCACGAUGGCAAGGGUGUCUUCGCCGGCGUUACGCAGAAGGUUCCAGUCACGAGAUAUCACUCGCUCGCAGGUACCCAUAAGACUCUGCCAGACUGCCUUGAAAUCACCUCCACAAUCCCCGCCAACCCCGACGCCGAUGUGAAGGAGGUCGUGAUGGGAGUGCGACACAAGGAAUAUGUGAUGGAGGGCGUGCAGUUUCACCCUGAAAGCAUCCUGACCGAGGACGGACGUAUCAUGUUCAGGAACUUCCUCAAGAUGCAGGGCGGGACCUGGGCAGAAAACGAGAGGCUGCAAAAGGAGGCACAUGCCAAAGCAGUUGGUGCUGACGCACAUGCUGCUACCAAUGGCGCUAAGAAGGACAAGCAAACAUCCAUCUUGGAGAAGAUUUACGCGCACCGCAAGGCUGCUGUUGAUGAGCAGAAGAAGAUUCCCUCUCAGAGGCCCAGCGAUCUCCAAGCUUCGUAUGAUCUGAACCUUGCGCCACCACAGAUCAACUUCCCUGAUCGCCUACGACAGUCGCCUUACCGGUUGUCGCUCAUGGCCGAGAUCAAGCGUGCAUCGCCCUCGAAAGGCAUAAUUUCCCUGUCCACUUGUGCACCCGCUCAGGCUAGGACCUACGCGAAAGCAGGCGCUAGUACCAUUUCUGUUUUGACAGAGCCUGAGUGGUUCAAGGGUAGCAUAGAUGAUCUCAAAGCUGUCCGCCAAAGCCUCGAGGGCAUGCCCAACCGGCCGGCGGUGCUCCGAAAGGAGUUUAUCUUCGACGAGUACCAGAUCUUGGAAGCACGCCUGGCAGGUGCCGAUACUGUGCUCCUGAUUGUAAAGAUGCUGGACCAGGAGCUUCUGGAGAGGCUCUACAAGUACUCGCAGUCACUCGGCAUGGAGCCUCUGGUCGAAGUCAACAACGUCGAGGAGAUGGAGAUCGCCGUCAAGCUUGGGUCAAAGGUCAUCGGUGUCAACAACCGCAAUCUUGUGAACUUCGAGGUUGACAUGGACACCACCAGCCGGCUUAUGAGCAUGGUCACGAAGGACAUCAUCGUCUGCGCACUCAGUGGCAUUGCAGGCCCCAAGGAUGUGGAGCCUUAUGUAGAAAACGGCGUCGGCGCAGUUUUGGUCGGCGAGGCGCUCAUGCGUGCAUCCAAUACCGCGGACUUCAUUGUGGAGCUUCUUGGUGGCACGACAGUGAAGCCUUUGCGAACUUCCUCGACGCCAAUGGUCAAGAUCUGCGGGACGCGGAGCGCUGAGGCUGCAAAGGCAGCUGUCGAAGCCGGAGCCGACCUCAUUGGUAUGAUCCUGGCGAUUGGAACCAAGCGCACAGUAUCUGCAGAGACAGCCUUGGCCAUCUCGGAAGCAGUACACAAAACCAGAAAGCCGCAGGUACUGAAGUCUGGGUUGUUGGCCGAAGCCAAGUCUGCCACUGAUUACUUCGACCAUGCCGCACAACGUCUCGUAUCUGUCAACGACCGAGCUCUACUCGUGGGUGUGUUCCGCAACCAGUCUUUGGAGUAUGUGCUUGAGCAACAGCGACUGCUCAACCUCGACAUCGUGCAGCUUCACGGUCAGGAACCUGUCGAGUGGGCAAAGCUUAUCCCAGUUCCAGUCAUCAAAGCAUUCAACCCCCACGACCACGGUAUCGGAUCUCGCGGUCACCACGCAUUGCCUCUCCUUGAUGCCGGGUCAGGUGGGUCGGGAAAACAGCUUGAUCUGUCAGACGUCAAGGGGGUUCUCGCAAAGGACGAGGGAUUGAAGGUCAUUUUCGCAGGAGGCCUGAACGCCGAUAACGUGCAGAAGAUGCUGGGCGGGCUAGACGAGUACCGAGACCGUGUCAAGGCCGUAGACGUCAGCAGCGGCGUGGAAGGGGAGGAUGGUCAACAGAGCCUGGACAAGAUCCGCGCUUUCAUCAAGGCAGCCAAGAGCUAG